CCCGGGGUCCUUCUCAGCAACACCCUUCCAAGAUGGCAGCCAACAGUAGCAGCACGGGUAGCAAAUCCAGCAGCAGCGCCGGAGGGAAACAGUCCGGUCCGUCCGCCGAACAGGUGGUGUCGACGUUCCAGAGGAUGCGUCAGGAGCAGCGCGGCAUGGCCUCUAAAUCUGCAGAGCUGGAGAUGGAGGUCAACGAGCACAGCUUAGUAAUCGAGACCCUGAAGGAGGUGGACCCUUCGAGGAAAUGCUUUCGCCUGGUAGGAGGAGUUUUAGUGGAGAGGACGGUAAAAGAAGUUCUACCUGCCUUGGAAACCAACAAAGAACAGAUCUCCAAAAUAAUCGAGUCCCUCAACACACAGAUGCAGACGAAAGGACGGGAGCUCACAGAGUACCGGGAACGCUACAACAUCCGGUUGAUGGGCGAGGGAGAAGGAGGCGAGGCCCAGGGCCAGUCGGCAGCGUCCUCCAGGGACAGCGAAGGGGGCGGGUCUAAAAGCGGCGCUGGCGUUUUAGUGUCGUAGUGUGUUGUUAUUAUAGCGGGCGGGCGACCGUAGGGCCUUAUGAUUUCUGCAGUACUGAAAAAUAGAGUUGAAGUCACAAAAUCUGGGUUUCAGAAUUGAACUUUUCACAGGAUAAUUUUUGCUAAACAGUGCAUCAAACCCUCUACAUAGUGUUCUGCUUACAUACGUGAAUGCUAGUGCGUGAAAAAAAAAUAAGGUUGUUUGUCUUACAUCUGCCUUUCAAUGACCUUUUUUGUUAUUUCUCAAAUAUUGUGGCAUAAUUAAACAAAUUCUGAAGACAUGUUUUAGUCUUAUUGUUAACCCAUUUAAAAUAGAAUUGGCAUAAAAAAAAAAAUUUGCCCAGAAAAUAGAAGACACAGUCGUGGAAAAAAUGAUCAGAUGUCUUUUUGUUCAGUUUCUUGUUCAUUUUAAUGCCUGAUACAACUAAAGGUACAUUUGUUUGGACAAAUAUAAUAAAAAUAGCUCAUAAGAGUUUAAUUUAAGAGUUGAUUUCUAGCCAUUUUCUAUGGUUUUCUUGACAAUGAUUUUGGUUAUUAUCAAGAAAACCAUGGAAAAUGUCUCUGAAAUUAAACUGUAUUUUUUCCAUGGCUGUAAGAGUUCAGGUGGUUAUUGAAUAAAAACUAGAUCAAGUAAACAUUCAUUUGCAUUUUGUAAAUUUAGGAUUUUGGACUAACAACUUAAAAAUGGAGGAACAACUGAUUUUAUAUGGUCCUAAAGUAGGUUGCUGUGCAAAAAGUCACCCUGGCAAAGGCAGGACAGGUCCUGGAAGACAACUUGACAGCAUGAGUUUACACUGUAAACAUGUCACUAUAGAUCAAAAGGAACGGGUCGGCUUUAUUUUUUGUGAAACAUUUUACCUUCAAACGUAAGCCACGCACAGAACAGCUGCUGGUUUUUAUUCAGAAUGUUAGUAAAGUCUGUGCCACCACCACGACUUUUAACAAUAAAGCCCCACAGUUUAAAACCUUGUUAAAAACAAUAAAAGUCAUAUUCUUUCUGAAUCAAUGUUUUCAACAGAGGAAAUGUCGCCUUGGGCCUGAUCUGUUCCGUUCUGUCUGCACUGUUCAUGUAGUUGUAAGGGCAAAAUGUUUUUUUCUUAACGAUCACAAAUUAAAGAAUGUCACAAUUGA